AUGAUUCCCAUUGCCAGACACUCCAUCCUGCGGGCAGCCCGCCCUCAACUCUAUCCCACCCGCGCCCUGCGAGCGCCCGCUUCCUCGGCGCUGGCCCGGCUUCUCUCGACCCUCGCCGUCCUCGAGCAGCGCGAUGGCAAGCUGCAGAACUCGUCCCUAUCCGCAAUUGCGGCCGCACAGAAGCUGGGUGGUUCGGUAACGGCUUUCCUGGCUGGUACUGGAGUGAAGGGCACUUCGGCUGCCGAGGCGGCGAAGAUCAAGGGUUUGGAGAAGGUGGUAGCGGUGGAGAAUGAUGCCUAUGAGAAGGGCCUCCCGGAGAACUAUGCUCCUCUGCUGGUCGAGAAUAUCAAGAAGGGCGAAUACACGCACAUCGUUGCGGGCCACUCGGCCUUCGGCAAGAGUCUUCUGCCCCGCGUGGCUGCUCUGUUGGAUGUGCAGCAGAUCUCUGACAUUACCGGGAUUGAGAGCGAGGACACCUUCGUCCGCCCCAUCUACGCUGGCAACGCCAUCCUCACCGUGCAAUCCAGCGACAACAUCAAAGUGCUCACCGUGCGUGGCACCGCCUUCCAAGGCGUCGAGAUGGAGGGCGGCUCCGCCGAGAUCAUCGACGGCGCCGACCCCAACGCCCCCGCGCAGACGGAGUGGGUGUCCGAGGAGCUGGCCAAGUCCGAGCGGCCCGACCUGACAACCGCCUCCCGCGUUGUCUCGGGCGGUCGUGGCCUCAAGUCCAAGGAGGAGUUCGAGCGCAUCAUGCUUCCGCUGGCGGACUCGCUCGGCGCCGCGAUUGGUGCCUCGCGCGCUGCGGUGGACAGUGGCUUCGCCGAUAACAGUCUCCAGGUCGGUCAGACCGGUAAGAACGUGGCGCCGCAGCUUUACCUGUGUGCGGGUAUCUCGGGCGCCAUUCAGCACUUGGCCGGUAUGAAGGACAGCAAAGUGAUCGCUGCGAUUAACAAGGAUCCUGAUGCGCCGAUUUUCAAUGUCGCGGAUGUCGGGCUAGUGGGGGAUCUGUUUGAGAAGGUGCCUGAGCUGACGGAGAAGCUGAAAAACGCAUAG